AUGAACGCAGCGACACCACGCGGUGGAGGCGUUCGUUUCGAGCCCUUCGUGGCGGCGUACAACAACUCGACCCCCGAGGCAGUCUUGGCGUUGGCGCCUACGCCAGUACGAGCACAGCUCCAGAAUCGUUCCGAGACGCCCAGUGGUGCUCGACUUCGAAGCAGCAGUGGCGGAGCAGGUGCAGACUCCGUACCUGAUGCGCUGUCGAACGCAGUGGAAACCGUGGACCUGUUGCGUGACUUGGUGGCGGUUUUCCGCUCCGAGGAGGACGUUCAAAUAAUGGAGGCAUUGGCCUCUCUCGAACAACAAAUCGACGAUACGGUAUUGGAGCGGCAACAACGAGCCAAGGAGUCGCUGGUACAGCUUGCGAGACAGGUUGACGCCGCCAGACAACGCGCGACGCCGCCUGAGCCUGAACAUCUGCAUCAGCAGCGGGUCGAGGAACGCGAGCGGGUGAAACGCCUCAUUAUUGAGCGGAUGCUAACUGCCGAAGAGCGCAGCAAAGCGCUGCAAGCGAACUUGCGCGAGCUGGAUGCGGAGUCCUCGGAGGUGCAGCAGGCGCUGGACCGGUAUCGGCAGCGCAUUCAAACUGAUAUUCCGAGCCUCAAACAUGCACUGAGUUUAUAUGUCACGAUAAGUCGUAUCCGUUGGAACUACCGAUGCGAUCAGACGUACAUUGAGGGAUACGUGGCCCAGGAGCGUGAGAACGACGUGCGUCCAUUCCGAUUCCAACACGGAGAUGCGGUGGCCACUGCCGACCGUCUCUGGGCGCUUAUCGAGCCGUGA